AUGAGGGUCAUCAACCUGGGCCCAGACCCGUCUCUGAGUUAUCGUCCAAAUUUGGACAAAAAUGAAGUUAAGGAGAAGGAAGAAUAUAGAAACUUUGAGAGUGGAAGCUUAAUUGACCGUGUGUUCAACACAUAUAAGCUGAUGCACACCAACCAAACCCUGGACUUUGUAAAGCAGAAGCACAUUGAUUGGACCAACUGCAAUCACAUUCAGAUGGCCAUGAUGGACGCUAUUAUGUCUCUGGACCAGCUGGUGGAUGAGUCUGAUCCUGAUGUGGACUUCCCUAACUCAUUCCACGCCUUCCAGACCGCCGAGGGCAUCCGCAAAGAACAUCCAGACAAAGACUGGUUCCACUUGGUUGGUCUGAUCCAUGAUGUGGGGAAGAUCAUGGCUCUUUGGGACGAACCUCAGUGGGCUGUCGUAGGUGACACCUUCCCUGUCGGCUGCAAGUUUCAAAACUCCAUUGUGUUCAGAGGCAACACCUUCAUAGACAACCCAGACGACAAAAACCCUGAGUACAACACUGAAUUUGGGAUAUAUGAGCCAAACUGUGGUCUUGAUAAUGUCACCAUGUCCUGGGGCCAUGAUGAAUACCUUUACCGUGUAAUGAAGUACAACAACUGCCCCAUCCCAGAGGAAGGGCUGUACAUGAUCCGCUUCCAUUCCUUCUACCCCUGGCACUCCCAUGAAGACUACAUGCAUCUGUGCAAUGACAAAGACCUGACGAUGCUGCCGUGGGUUCGAGAGUUCAACAAAUUUGACCUGUACACCAAGACCACCGAAUUACCCGAUGUCGAAAUGCUGAAGCCCUACUAUCAGUCUCUGAUUGACAAGUACUGUCCUGGAGUACUGAAAUGGUGACGAGCACGGACUAGCACCACUACAUUAUCAGAAAUCAUCAAAUAAAGUUCAUGAUCGUACUUAGUACAAAACUUUAUAUAUUGUACAGUAUACUGAAUCAUUUAUAUGACAAUUAAAAACACCUAUGUACACGUGUGGAAUUUUAAAAUAAAGAGCAACUUUUAUUUUAUAUGUAUUAAAAAUCUUUCAAAAGUACAUUUAUUUUUGUCUCAUUUCUGACAACAAUGACAGAAACAAGUGAUUGUUCAUACAAAAGAGCAGCAGAGGGAAGUGUCCAGAGUGACAGAAUUAAAGUAACAAGUGCAAACACACCAAUAUAAACCUGUAUUUAUAAA